GCAACCUGGAACUCGUUAUGUGUUUCAAGUCGCCUCUCUUGGAGACGGCGGAAUAUCACCCAGAAGUAUACCCGUGGAAGUUAUCACAGGAGAAAUGGCACCAGGAACCCCACCUCGCAAUGUCCACGCCCGACCAAUCAGUACCACUACUGUGAUUGUCGAAUGGCUGCCACCAGAGAAACCCAACGGAAUUAUCAAGGGCUAUAAAAUUUUCUUCACGCUCGAUCCUGAUCUGCCCAUCAUCUUGUGGAAACGUCACGAUGUCAACUCCAAUGACCGAGUAGCCACCAUAGAGAACCUGACGCCUAAUGUUACCUACACCAUGUGCAUUCUGGCCUACUCCAGUAAAGGGGAGGGACCUGUGUCUAAUCUGAUCCAGGUCAUGACUCGUCAAGGAGGUGUUAGUGCGGUGCCACUUCAGCCAAAAAAUUUGCAUGCAGUGGCCAUGACCCCGAAUGUUAUCGAAGUGACAUGGGACCCUCCAGAGAACAGUCAAAGUGUGAUCAGUUACAAGUUGUACUUUAACGACUCAUACCGUCGGCAGAGUGCACAUAUAACCAUUGACCCACCAGUGUCGCGAUUUCGCCUAACUGACCUGACGCCAGACACAAUCUACCACAUCCAAGUCUCAGCCAUGUCGUCGAAAGGUGAAGGUGCCCACACCCCUACGGUCCAGGUUCAAACCCGGGAGUUUGUUCCAAGUGGUGAGCCUCAAAAUCUAAGCGGCCGACCAAUCGACUCACAGAGUAUUGAGGUCACAUGGAACCCUCCACCUCCUGACCAGCAAAAUGGCGACAUAACAGGCUAUAAAAUAUUUUACGUGAAAAACAUGCCCGACUUGACAGAAGAAGAUGCUCAGCCAGUUACUGUGGAUGCGGCUGCCAACACGUUGACAUUAUCGAGCCUGGCUGUGUGGACGGAGUAUAAGAUUUGGGUGUUGGCGUUCACAAGCGUGGGUGACGGCCCAAAAUCACAACCAAUCAUCGUGUCGACCGACGAAGAUGUUCCAGGACCUCCAAAAUCUGUCACUGUGGAAGUUGUCAACUCAACCACCAUAUUUGUGGAAUGGCGACCACCAGAGACACAGCGAGAAAAUGGAAUUAUACGAGGCUACCAAGUAUACUGUGUUGUAGUAGAUAGUAAAAAUCGGCCAAAGGAAGGCACAGAUCGUAUAAGUGACACGACGGAUGGUAAUCGGAGAGAGGCCGUCAUUACCAGCCUUGACCCGGCCACCAGAUAUUCUAUCAAGGUGGCUGGUUAUACGAGACGUGGCGAUGGCCAACGCAGUAAAGAAGUAUUUGUUGUCACGUCAGGGGCAGUGCCAACGAUACCAAGGAACCUGAAUGUGGAAUUUUUGGGCGAAGAUCCUCCACAGGUGCAGGUCACAUGGCAACGGCCAAGGGAAACUCACGGCAAGUUGGCAGGCUAUAAGGUGUUCUGGGGACGGAGAGGAGAGAAAUACUCACUGAUUAAUCUCGGACCUAUACAUCAUGCCUACAUCUCGGAUAUCUUAGACAAAGGAGCUACAUAUGAAUUCAUUGUUGUUGCCCGAAACGAGGAGGGUGACGGUGUGAGAGCAUCACAAACUAUCACAACUCCGGAUGGAAUCCCUGAAGGGGCCCCGCAGAAUUUCACUGCGACAGGGCUGACAGAGACCAGUGUGAGACUGGAGUGGGACUUACCAGCAAAAAAACUGCAAAAUGGCGAGAUAAUCAUGUAUCAGCUUGUCUACCACAAGAUGGCCGACCCUACCAGUACGGAGGAUCUAAACAUCACUGGCAUUCAAUUCGACGUUCACAAUCUCGAGAUGAAUACUGAUUACGUUUUUCAAGUUAAGGCAUUCACAAGUCAAGGAGCUGGUCCAUGGACUGUGCAGCAUCCUUUCCACACAUUCGGACCAAUGCUGCCUCCUCCUGAGAACAUCAAACUCAUACGAUCGUCCCCGGAGACCAUCCUAGUAACAUGGGAGGAGCCAAAACUUCCAGUUGCGGGGUAUCGUGUCUACUACAAUAUGUUUGAGCUUCAAAAGAUGGAACUCUGGCAGAAGAAGGAUAUUGGACCCUACACUGUCACAGAACUGACCGAUUUAGACAGUGUGUCAGUAUAUGCCGUUCGAAUCCAGGCAAGAUCUGUUGAUGGUCGCUAUGGCAACCUGUCAGAAUCUGUUGUCUCUGCUGUGGGAACCACGCAGCGUGUGACUGAUGAUACACCCUCGAACUUCCACGUGUCAAUGAGAACCUCAGUGGAUGUGAGUCUGGUAUGGGAGGCACCCAAGAAACCUCAGGUUACCAAAUAUAUCCUUUCCUACUCGGGAGUGAAGAAAUAUCGUGAAAAUAAUAGCAUGCAGACUUAUUACCCGCCACGUGAAGAAGAGACAAUUCAUGGUCUUACAAGUUCUUUCACUGUCGAGAAUCUCUGUCCAAAAACAAAAUAUACCUUCAACAUCUCCGCAUUUUUCCAGGAUGGGACCCAAGGAGGUGUGAGCACCCUUGUGGUCCAGACUAGAAUUGAAGCACCAAAGGAGGUCAGAAGACCAAUGAUUGUGAAAAUCGCUGGCCAGGAAGUGACUGUGAUGUUGAAACCAGCUUCAGAGAAGAAUGGUGGCUUGAGCUAUUAUUACCUAGUGGUAGUGCCGCUAAUCAACACAACAACAAAACGACCAGAGGACAUUAGCAAUGACGAGUUGACUCUGGACAUAUCACCAGAGCUACCAUUAGCCAAACCCUACAUUGCAGCCAAGUUUGAUGCCCAACACCUUCCUAGGGAGUUCAAUCUUGGCAACAAAGACCAGUUAGGAGGAUACGCCAACCGACCACUUGACCAUGGGAUGAAGUACAAGACGUUCCUACGAGCCUUCACCGUAGACACUAAACUCUACAAAACCAGUCCAUAUUCUGAAAUUAUCAACCUGAACCAUAAUAAUCACAUUCCUAUGAAUCCAAAAGAAAAUAAUGUUCACCCAAUCCCACAAUCUGCUGAAGCUAGUGAAAAAAGUCUGCUUAUCAUCAUGAUCGUGGCUCCAGUCUGCGCUGGUGUGGCUCUCAUCAUCAUUGGAUGCAUCAUACUUAUCUGGCAUAUGAGGAGGAAGGCAACCCGAAAAGAGAAGAAUCCGGAACCAUCUUCCGGUAAAGUGUUUGUAGAUGUACCCCCUCAUCCAUGUGAUCCUGUGGAGCUUCGCAGACAACACUAUCAAACACCAGGUAUGAUCAGCCAUCCACCCAUCCACAUCCACAUGCUACAGGAACACAUUGACAACCUGAAGAAUAAUGACAAUCUAAAAUUCUCUCAGGAGUAUGAAUCCAUAGAACCAGGUCAACAGUUCACUUGGGACAACUCUAACUAUGAGGUCAACAAACCUAAAAAUAGAUAUGCAAAUGUAAUAGCCUAUGACCACUCCCGUGUGAUCCUCCAACCUAUUGACAGUGUCCCUGGCAGUGAUUAUGUCAACGCCAAUUACAUGGAUGGAUAUCGUAAACAAAAUGCUUACAUAGCUACACAGGGACCACUUCCAGAAACAUUUGGAGAUUUCUGGCGGAUGAUGUGGGAGCAACGAUCGGCAACAAUCGUCAUGAUGACUAAAUUAGAAGAAAGGUCAAGGAUAAAGUGCGACCAGUACUGGCCUCACCGUGGAGCAGAACAUUAUGGCUUAAUGCACGUCCUACUUGUGGAUGUGACAGAACUCUCCACCUACACGAUACGCACCUUCCAUAUCUCCAGGUACGGGUUCCCAGAGAAGCGCGAGAUUCGUCAGUUCCAGUUCACCGCCUGGCCUGACCAUGGCGUUCCGGAUCAUCCCACACCACUCCUCAUGUUCAUGAGGCGUGUCAAAACUAGCAACCCUCCCGAUGCUGGGCCCAUGGUAGUACACUGCAGUGCUGGUGUUGGGCGUACAGGAGCCUUCAUAGUCAUAGACGCCAUGUUGGAACGAAUCCGACAUGAAAAGACUGUUGAUAUAUAUGGUCAUGUGACCUGCUUACGAGCACAGCGUAACUAUAUGGUACAGACAGAGGACCAGUACAUAUUUAUCCAUGAUGCACUCUUAGAAGCAGUUACUUGUGGAAACACUGAGGUACCCGCACGUAACUUGUCAGUACACAUACAGAAACUGAUGCAACCAGAACCAGGAGAAACAGUUACAGGCAUGGAAUUGGAAUUCAAGCGAUUAGCAAACAUGAAGGCCAGUCCAAAUCGCUUUGUUAGUGCAAAUCUUCCAGUGAAUAAAUUCAAGAAUAGACUUGUUAACAUUUUACCUUUUGAAUCUACAAGAGUAGCCCUACAGCCAAUCAGAGGAGUUGAUGGAUCUGAUUACAUCAACGCUAGUUUUAUAGAUGGGUACAAAUACUGCCAAGCCUAUGUGGCAACCCAGGGCCCGCUAUCUGAGACUACCGAGGACUUCUGGAGGAUGCUUUGGGAACACAACUCAACCAUUAUUGUCAUGCUCACCAAGCUCCGAGAAAUGGGUCGUGAGAAGUGCCACCAGUAUUGGCCCAGUGAGCGGUCAGCAAGAUACCAGUACUUUGUGGUCGACCCAAUGGCUGAGUACAACAUGCCACAGUAUAUCCUGAGAGAGUUCAAGGUUACAGAUGCCAGGGAUGGUCAAUCUCGAACCAUCAGACAGUUCCAGUUUACAGACUGGCCAGAGCAGGGAGUGCCCAAAUCUGGAGAGGGAUUCAUUGACUUCAUUGGUCAAGUCCACAAGACAAAGGAACAGUUUGGACAGGAGGGACCAAUCUCUGUCCACUGCAGUGCUGGUGUUGGUAGAACAGGGGUGUUUAUAACACUCAGCAUAGUUCUAGAGAGAAUGCGGUAUGAGGGCGUCGUGGACAUGUUCCAGACAGUCAAAAUGCUGAGAACGCAAAGACCAGCUAUGGUUCAGACAGAGGAUCAGUACCAGUUCUGUUACCGAGCAGCCCUGGAAUACUUGGGCUCUUUUGACCAUUAUGCAGCAUAGGCAUGUUGCUGUACCAACAAACACAAAUGUAUCCAUGGAGACAGUAAUGAUGACCAAUGUUAUGCGACACGAUCAUGUGACACAGUCAAGACCAUGUGACUAUACAACAGCCAAAUAAUUCUGUGUUUAUCAACAGUGUCUGUAUUGGUAAAACCAUGGAAACCAAAUUUUCUCUGUGGUUGUGUUGUUCAACCUGUUUAAAUUUCCAUAUGUCAUUCAUUGUCAGACAAUUCGAGGAAGACAAUGCACAAGACAUAAAUCGAUGGAUUUGUCAAGUAUCGUAGUCAAGGAUAUUUAUAUAGGAAAAGGACCAAUUCUUUACUGAAGAUGAGAAUAUGAACGAUAGUCGGAAUGACUCAAAGAGUCAUUGCAUAAUGUGCAAUAUUUAUACUGACCGCUGCACCCAAUGAUAAGUGUGUUAAAAACAUGCUGGACAUCUUGGAUGUUUGACCUCUGGUGAUUUUAGAAAUGGACCAAGUCACUUCACUCAUGAUGCGGUCAUGACUUUCCCAUCAUAGUGAGGUCAACACCAGAUGCGGGACCUGUAAAUAACAUUUAACGGAGGCCUGUCAAGCAGUGGCAAGUCUCACGUAGGAUCAGUGUAACAUGGAUCAGUGUAACAUGGAUCAGUGGCCAUUUUGACUAGAAUUUUUUUAUGUCAUUUCAGUACCAUUGGUGUAGCAUUAUAGACAUAACAUAGGAUAUAUACUUAAAACAUAUGGUACUUACAAUGUUAUAUACAAUGUAAUGUGGGUCAGUGUACACUCCCCUUCAUCUUUAUGUUGCCAAAGAUAGUAUCAGGUGUGCAUGGGAGCAUGUAUGCGGAACGGAUCAUGAUACAAUAUAACCUUAAAGAGAAAACAUGAGUUAUCUGCCCUUUGGGUUUGUGAUGGAAUAUUGGCUCUAAGACAUUCACUUUGGGAAACAUGGACAUUUGUAUCAAAUUGUUCACGAAGACCAAACAGUGAUCAGACCAUUCAUUUACAGAUUUAUUGAUAGUUAUGGUGCUUUGUUUUGUUUUUGCCUUUCUGUAGAGUGUGGGUGAUAAAUGUACUCUUUGUUCAACUGCCUGAUCAACAAGUUUAAUUAAAACCACCGAAUCAAUUUUUUUUUAGUCAACCAUUACAUUAUGUUCCCAUGACAACCUGUCAGCACUUGUGUCAAUAUUUAUUGUAUUGAACUUUGACCCUAAAACUCUGACACCCUGUACUAGUUAGCUGUGUUUUAAAAAUUGUGGUUUACUAUUGAUAGCGGAUAGUCAUCACCAUAGCAACAGAUUGCUUUAAUUCGAAGCAGAAAUAGAACAUUGGUCAGCUGUCACUGUGCUUUAACCUUACAAAGUGCUGUGUUAUUCUGAGUCUGUUUUUGUGUAUAUAGGGAUUCAGGGAGGGUUAUUUAUGUAAGGAAGACGAGAAGUGAUAUGAAUGCAUGUUUGUGUGAGUAGGCUGCUUGGGAAACCUAGCCGAUGGAUUGGCUUAUGACUUACAAGUUCCAGAUAAUUGAAUAUUAUUUAUCAAGAAAUAAAUGUGACCAUUACCCCAGGUUUGUCUCUCAGUGUAGUGAUGUUAAACAAAAGGCAUGCAAAUUAUCACUCAAUAUUGGAAUUAUGUGCUAGAAUUUUUCAUUGUCAAGUUUCAGCAAUACCUAUUUGAUUUUUAACAAUGGAUAAUGAUUAACCAAAAUAUCUGUUCCAUAUUCCUUUUGCAAACAGGAGAAAUUUCGUGACCAGUGAAGUCAUCAUCUUCAAUUUUCAUCAUGAUAUUUACAUACAGUAUUAUCAGUGUUCCUUCCAGAGGGAUGUGUAUUGGAUUAAAAAGAACAGUUUUGUCCAGAUGUGAUGGAGAGACCAUACACAUGGGUUUAAAGGUCAAGAGGUCACAGUAUGGUCAACCAAGAAAUCCAGACAGUAGGAACUAGUGUAUCUAUGGAAAAAUUUACACUUUAGUGGAAACUUUGAAGGGAUUUUAUUUUGCACUCUAGAUAUAUCUCAUUGGAAGUCAUUUAGGCUGUUAUUAAAUACAAAACCUUACAAACCACUAAGGGAAAUAUGAUUACUUUAGAAACCUUAUGAUAUAGGAUGAUCAUAUGAAUAAAGGAUAUAUAAUUGCAUUCAUACAUAGAUGUACCUGUACAUGUUUUUGUGUGAAAAGUGUCUAUAAUAAAACAACAGGAGAAUUCAUUUCCAUUUUUACAUUUUAUAUGUUAUUUUUUGAUUUGCCAUGUUUGAAUACAUUGUUUUAAUAACAAUAGCUGGAAGUAUUUAUAUUGAAUUAAUUUUUAUAUAUCGCAAUAUGAACAUCACAUACAUAUAUAUAGAUAUAUAUAUACACGAACAUCCUAUUUAUCCGUUAAAUGACUGGAUAAAAAAGCAGAGCCAGUAGAAAUUUAUAUUGUGACAUGAGAUUUGCGAUCAGUCAAUAUUUCUUGCAUGUAGCAUCCUUGUGAUAUGUUGCAAUGUUAUUGAAAUUUCAGACCAAUGUUUAUUACACAAGGGGACCGAACACAACCACAGAAAAUUAAAGGAAGCCAAUUAAAUAAAACAAAAUUCACAUCUUUUGCCAAAAUUUUUAAUAUCUACCAAGUAUCCAUAUUGAGCAGAUAAGAAACACCAUUCCUAUCAAACAUGGAUGUUUUUAAUAUUGGUUUCUAUAGUAACAUAAGUCUGUUAUUUCAAUACAAACUUAACUUCUAAACACACUCCACAAGUGUUGUACAUUAUACCUAUAAACGACCAAAUAUGUAUUGUAUUAGUAUUGUCAGUCACUGUUGAAGGCAAUUUCAUUUCUUUCAUUGUUCAUUUAACCCCCCACUAGUCGGUCAUUAGGUCAUCGUAUUCGUGGUAACGCCAUUGUUCAUUUGUUUUCACCUCUCAUUGAAUGUGCUGAAUUUUAUGUGCAAGACCUUUUUUUUAUUAAAAAUAUUUGCAAUGCAAUUAUUACAUAUUACCAUUAUAAAUAAUUCUUUUGUUUUUGUGAAGACAAGUUUGAACUUGUAACAUAUUCUUAGUUUUGUGCAUAAUACUAAUGAUGAUAAUAGUAUUUAACUUGAGAACGUGAGAGAAGAGAUGGAAUUGCAAGAUGGAGGGACGAGUGCUUUACUUAAAUGUAGGUAAUUUGAUGUUUUAAAUGGAAAUAAUCAUUUAUACAUGUAUAUGUAAUUGAACCACCCCAUACACACAUAACAUAAAGAAAAUUAUCUAAAAAUCAAAUAUAUAGUAUAUCACUGAUGAAUCAAAUUUAAAUAUUUGUAAUUUUCCUUUUCAUAUCUAGGAUUCUCAAUGUAGAAAUCAGGAUUUUAAUCAGUGCCAUUUCCAAACCAAAUUAAAAAUUUGAUUGGUAAUAUUCUUUAAAGCUAUUAGAAAGUCAUUAAAUUUUAAUCCUGUUUACUUUGUCAAUGUAUUGAAGGAAUUGUUAUAUUACAUCCGAUCGUAAACAAUGUGGGAAAUGGACAAUUUAGAUCAAUUCAAACCAAUUUAUAGGAAAAAUUAGAUUUCUAUAUAAAAAUUCUCUCCAAUUAACAGAAAUCAUUUCUCAUUAUAAAGUGUAUCAAGAAAUAAUUUGUAUUAUCAGUUCACUAUCUGCAUAUAACAUUCAACCAGCUACAAAAUUGAUACAAAGUCGCCUGGCAAAGUUUUAACAGCAUUUGACCAGAAACUGACCCAAUUAGUGGAUAACUGAGCUUAGAUGGUCACUCCAACUGACCAUGAUUGUAUGUAGCUACCCCUUAGAUCUCGCUAGCCAUGUGCUGUUGGCCAGUAGCUGUUUUGUACUUUCACCGUGACCGGUAGAUGACAAUCAGUUUUUGGACUAUUUUGAGUUUUCAGUAUCCAUUUUACCCUCCAAGGGUGUGGUAGCAUGUAUUUCAUAUAUAUAUAUUUGUGUUCAAAAUUAUAAAAUCUCAUUAGCAGGUGUAAAUCUUGUUAGCAGCUGUGUCUUACUCAUUCCUAUACCUACUGUAGCGUUCCUCCAGACUUUAAUCAAGACACUUUGUGUCCUGAGGUUUCAUUCUAGUCAUGUGACUCACAGUGAGUGUUUUGUUGGUUACUAUGGCGAUUGAGAAUAUGUACAACUUUUUUUAGUUGACCAUGUUUUAUAUAUAGCUGUAAGGUGGAUCUCCAUUUUCUUAUAUGUUUCUGUGAAUCUCUUGUAUAAAGAUAACUCAAAAUAGAAAAAGGUCGUUUUGGAUUUUCCUUCAAUCUAUCCCAUAAUGCUACCCCUGAAUAUGUCUGUAACAUAAAGUAGUACAUGGUCACACCAUUGCUGUAAACACUUGUGUUACGAUGGCGACUUGUGUCAAAUCAUCCAUAGACUUGUUGGCUCCCUAGCUGCUGAUGUACCUACGUUGUAUAGUAGUUCUUGUUAGGUUGUCAUGGAAAUAUGUCAUUAUCUGAGAGUAUACAGUCAUUGAUAUCAAUAAACUUGGAACAAA